AUGUGGACAGUGGUAUCGUCCCCGCCUCCGAAGUUUGAUGAUAAGAUCACAGUGCAUGGGUCGGCAUUUAUAAAUUCCCUGGCUUACUGCCCUCCAACAGGGGACUAUCCGGAAGGACUGAUAUUUAGUGCUGGGCAAGAUACGAUAAUAGAAGCAAGACAGCCCGGGAAACCAGCGGAUGACAACGCUGAGCGUUUGCUGCUUGGUCAUACUGGCAACGUAUGUGCUCUAGCUGUCUCGCCAGACCGUAAGUGGCUGGCCAGUGGAAGCUGGGACUCUACUGGACGCCUUUGGGAGAUUGGAAAAUGGAGCAAGGAAGUGGUUCUGGAUGGUCAUGGAGGCAGUGUUUGGGCUGUUCUCGCUUACGACAAGGACACAGUCAUUACGGGGUGCGCUGAUAAACUUAUACGUGUGUUCAAUACCUCCGGGAAGCUUCUGAACACUUUCAGGGGCUGCGGGGAUGUUGUUCGAGCACUUUGCAAGUUCCCAGAUGGACAUGGAUCCGGAGCCCAGAUAGCAUCUGCGGGAAAUGAUGGUAUCAUUCGACUUUGGACUAUCCAAGGGAAGCAGGUUGGCCAAUUGCAUGGACACGAAAGCUUCAUCUACUCCCUCGAUUCUCUACCCUCCGGCGAGCUUGUGAGUUCUGGAGAAGACCGGACUGUAAGGAUAUGGGAUGCUACUAGCUGCAUUCAGACAAUUACCCAUCCGGCAAUAUCAGUAUGGAGUGUUGCUGCAUGUGCCGAAUCUGGUGACAUUAUCUCGGGAGCCAGUGAUAGGAUAGCUCGGAUUUUCAGCCGGGACAAGGGUCGACAAGCCGAUGAGGCCACCACUCAGAUUUUCGAGAAUGCCGUGAAAGAGUCCUCCAUUCCACAAGAGCAGGUCGGGAAGGUCAAUAAGGAAAAACUUCCUGGCCCGGAAUUCCUCAAACAGAGAUCUGGAACAAAAGAUGGCCAGGUACAGAUGAUUCGUGAAGAUGAUGGGAGCGUCACUGCUCAUACAUGGUCGUCUGCCUCUUCUCAAUGGGUUCCUGUUGGCACAGUGGUGGACUCUGUCGGAAGCAGUGGUAGAAAAGUCGAAUAUAUGGGCCAGGACUACGAUUAUGUAUUCGAUGUUGACAUCGAAGAUGGAAAGCCACCCCUAAAACUCCCAUAUAAUCUGUCUCAAAACCCCUACGACGUGGCAAAGAAAUUCAUCGCAAACAACGAACUUCCGAUAUCAUACCUGGAACAGGUUGCGAACUUUAUCACAACCAAUACUAAAGGGGCAGUAGUAGGCCCGUCCCAGACAGGCGAAUCCACCUACCAACAACCGUCUAUUCCGGAUUCUCGACCAAAAGUGUUACCUCAAGCGUCCUAUCUCUCUAUAAAAUCGGCGAAUUUGAAAGCUAUACAGAAAAAGAUAUCCGAGAUUAACGCCCAGUUGGUAUCUUCCGGCUCAAAGGAUUUGUCCCUUGCUCCCUCGGAGAUGGAAGCUAUAUCUGCUCUGUGCUCCCAACUUGAGCAGCCAUCCUCACUGUCCAAGUCACCAGUUGUUGAAGCCACUCUCCCCUUACUCGUCAAAGUAUCAACAGGCUGGCCAGCCGUAAACCGGCUUCCAGGUCUCGAUCUUCUCCGGCUCCUAGCUGCUGCAUCUCCCACAGCAGCAACCUGGGAUCAAGGAGAAGGUAAUUUAGUGUCGGUGAUCAUAUCCAGCGGUGUGUUUGAUGCUCCUCUCAGCCCCAAUAACACCAUGCUGGCCAUCCGAAUGCUAGCAAACUUUUUCGAAACAGGGCCGGGCCGUGCACUAGUCGCUGGCUGCUUCGAAGAAGUUACGAACAAAAUUGGCUCUGUCAUGUCCGACUCCGUUGCGGCUGGUAACCGCAAUGUAACCAUUGCUGCAGCAACAUUAUACAUCAACCUUGCCGUUUACUUCACAUCCAAAGAAAAUGUUAACUCACCGGAAGCAUCCGAGCACGGUCUUGUACUCAUCGACCAGCUUUCUAAAGUUCUCCGUAACGAGAAGGAUUCGGAGGCUGUCUAUCGAGGACUGGUUGCACUUGGAACACUGGUUGUUGGCUUUGACCACGAUAUUCAGACGGCGGCAAAGGAGAUUUACGACCUCGAUCAGACACUGUCACGGGUUUUAGAUGCCGGCUUCGGGCGGGAACCAAGAGUCAAAGGUGUCAUAAGCGAAAUUAGAGAUGCAAUUAAUUAG